GACAAGGGCCGUCCAUUGCCAAAGUUUGGCGAAUGGGAUGUGAAUGACCCUUCCUCAGCAGAGGGAUUCACUGUUAUCUUCAACAAAGCUAGAAACGAGAAAAAGGGAGGUGGAAAAUCCGACUCACCGGGGAAAGACGAACCUGGAUAUAACAAAAAUGGCGAUGUUCUUGGGAAGCCCACUAUGCAUCAUCCUCAAUAUCAUUUUCUUGAUUUGAUCUCAAUACUGCUGGUGGCUUCAUUGAUUCAUAAUUUCUGCAGAAAAAAUGGUUUUGCUGUAUACAAUCCACUCGCGCAGAAUAAGUUGGUGAGGCUCUUCUUCGCCUUGCAAGGUCGUUUUAUCUAUAAUAUCUAA